AUGGUUGAACGGGCAAAGGUAUUGGAGAAAAAUAUGGCAGAGGCGGAACGACAGAAGAAACAACAACAAGUGAGUAGGGGACCGAUCGUGUCCAGGGGAGGUAUUGUUCAGAGGAGACCACCUUACGCUCGUCCAAACCAACCCUCUAAUGCAAGCGGGUCACAAGCAUUAGUUCAUGUCGGACAGUCUGGACAAGGAAACGUUAUUUGUUUCCGGUGUGGAGGGCCACAUUAUCGUUCUUCGUGCCCUCAGCUGGUGGGAGGAAAGCACUGCAAUCGUUGUGGAAGGAACGGGCACUCGGAUAACGAGUGCAACGUGAGUGGACGUGCAGUAACGAGGCCACCUAAUGCUGGAAGGAACCAACCGAGAGGUGGUAGAACACAAGUAGUGAGGCGCGUUUAUGCUAUAACUGGAGCUGAAGCAGCAAGCUCAGGUAACCUUAUAACCGGUGAAUGCUUGCUGUAUGGAAUACCUUGUCGUGUGCUGUUUGAUUCGGGGGCGACUGACUCCUUCAUCUCGAAGGCGUGUGUUGAGAAAUUAGGAAUAGUUGAGAGAGAUAUGCAGUUCGACCUGGUGGUGUCAACCCCAGCGGCUGGAGAGAUUAGGACGUCUACCGUAUGUAUUAGAUGUCCUAUUGUGGUUGAGGGGCGUAGUUAUAAGGUAAAUUUAAUCGGUUUGCCUUUGAAGGAUUUAGAAGUGAUUUUAGGAAUGGAUUGGUUGGCUACCAAUCGCAUUAUUAUAGAUUGUGGAGCGAAGGAAUUAAUCUUUCCUGGUGAAGAAGAAGAGAAAUUGUCAGUGACGCUCGGUCAGUUGAAAGAAGAUAUUAUGGAGGGCGCCAGCUGUUUUCUCAUCAUGACGGACGAAGACAUGGAGUUUGGGAAUGCGAAUGAGGAACGAUCGUCCAAGGACAAGUACAGUGAAGGACGAUCGGUUGUGGACGAUUUUCCUGACGUCUUUCCGGAAGAAAUACCUGGACUUCCCCCUCACCGUGAAGUUGAAUUCACCAUUGAUUUGGUGACGAGGACAGCUCCUAUCUCGGUUCAGCCUUAUCGGAUGUCUCCUGCGGAGUUAGCUGAACUCAAGGAGUAG